GUCCUGCCCUCUCAGCGAAAGGGCAACGGAGGCGCACGGCACCGGCCGCCUGGUGGAGGUUGCGAGGCUUGGGGUGCCGAUCGUGGAGGUUUCCCUCGUCACGCGCUGCUGCCAAUGCUGCGUCGCGGGUGCGCGGAUCUCCGUCGACGGUCAGGUCUUCGGUCACACCGAGGCCUCCAGCGUGGUCAGCUGCGGUGUUCGCAUGGGCGA